AGGAUUGAUGAGGUGCGCAAGCGAAUAGACGUCCAGACCGUUGCGCGGGCAACCGACGGGCAAAAAGAGCUCAAGGCAAGCCAAGAUGCAGGCUCCAGCGAUGAUGACAAGCCGACAACAGUUCCAAACUUGUUGGAGCUCAGUCUGGAGGCUGCAAUGCACAAAAUUGAGGCAAAACUGGAUUUGAUGAUGGAGAGAACGGAAAGCCCAACCAGCAUCACAGGCUUUUCAAAGCUUCGAAGCGAGAUGAGUGAGGCGAUGGAGAGUGCCUCUUUGAUACCUUCGCGUCCCAGGAAACCUUUCCUUCGCCCGGACCCAUUUACUAGAAUGUAUAUGAGGCGUGAAGUAUCUCCCCGCGACAGAAUAGAGGACGGCGGGUGGACACAAAGCUUAGGGCUGUCGCUGGGGCUCUCCAGCCAGAAAGGCCGAAAACGCAGAUCCUUAAGGGAUGCUGAAGCCAAGAUGGAGCCAACGGAGCCAGCAGGUCCAUGGCCGAGCACAACCAUCCAGGAGGUUAGCCGUAGCCUCUUGCCGAAGGAAUGACCAAUACUGUAAAUGAUUCAUUUGAUUUUUUCUUAUUUUUCCAACUUGAACCUCCAGAUGACUCUAGUCAGAGGUCACAAAUAGUACCAUAAGACUUCCGUUUGCCGUGUUCUUGUAGCAUGGCUAGGUAGCAAACAAUUAGCGUCUCAAACUGUAGAAUACAUGUCAGCAUAGCCUUUCGGGAACUGAGCAGCAGAACCUUCGAAGUUUUUGACACCUGUUUGCUCUAAGGAGGUUCUGUUAGUCCUCAAAGUCAAUUGCCGAACACCAGAGAUCUUUAAUGCAUACAGUGAGCUGGCCAGGUCAUAAAGUGAUUGGCGCAAACACGUGAACGGAG